AUGACAGGGGUCCAGAUUUCCAUUGACAGGGGUGGCACUUUUACAGAUGUUUACGCCUCAGUACCAGGAAAAAAAGACAUCGUUCUCAAGGUCUUGUCUGUAGACCCUGCAAACUACAGCGAUGCUCCAACCGAGGGUGUUCGCCGUGUUCUAGAGAUCGUGACCGGCGAGCCUCAUCCACGUGGCCAACCACUGAACACCGCGCCAAUUGAACGCAUCCGUAUGGGCACAACCGUCGGUACAAAUGCCCUGCUAGAGAGGAAAGGUGCGAGGUCAGCGGUUCUUGUGACUCAAGGCUUCAAAGACCUUUUGCGCAUCAGCAACCAGUCUCGCCCCAAAAUCUUCGACUUGACAGUUGCUACGCCGGAGCUGCUAUUUCAGGAUGUGGUCGAGGUGGAUGAGCGCAUUACAUUAGAAGGCUACUCCGAGAACCCCUACCCAGAGUACAUUGACAUCUCAAGCGAUCCUGCGCUUCAUGUCGCUCUCACUGGAGAAGUGAUCAGGAUCCUCCGCAAACCAGACCUAGUCGCAGUCCGCGAGUCGCUACAGAGAUUAUGGGACUUGGAGUAUCGGUCCUUAUCCAUCAUCUUCCUUCACUCUUAUUUGUAUCCGUACCAUGAACGGCAGGUUGGUGCUGUGGCAAGGGAUAUGGGAUUCUCCGUGGUCGAAUCCGCAGCCCUACAGCCUAUGAUCAAAGCAGUUCCACGGGGAAUGUCGGCGACUGCCGAUGCAUACUUGACACCCAUAAUCAAGUCAUACAUCGACGCCAUCUCAGCUAAUUUUGAGGGUGGCUUCGCAGCUGAAGGUCUCCGUUGCGACUUCAUGCAGUCAGAUGGCGGUCUUGUUAACUUCCGCUCCUUCAGUGGUCUUAAGAGCAUUCUCUCUGGGCCAGCCGGUGGAGUCGUCGGUUACGCUGAGACAUCAUGGGACGCUGAUAGAAAAAAGGCUGUCAUUGGAUUUGAUAUGGGCGGCACUUCAACUGAUUGUUCGCGGUUUGCGGGGACAUAUGAGCACGUAUUUGAGACCACGACCGCUGGAGUAUCAAUCCAGUCGCCUCAGCUUGACAUCAUUACUGUCGCUGCGGGAGGUGGAUCCCGCCUUUUCUGGCGCAACGGUCUCUUCGCAGUAGGCCCUGAGUCCGCGGGCGCACAUCCGGGACCAGCCUGCUAUCGAAAGGGUGGUCCUCUAACUAUCACAGAUGCUAAUUUGUUCCUGGGACGUAUCAUACCGGAGCACUUUCCUAAGAUCUUUGGUCCAAACGAGGAUCAGCCCCUAGGCACAGGGAUCGUGGCCGAGAAGUUUGCGGAGCUGACUGAGGAGAUCAAUGCCGACAACAAGGCUAACGAUAGGUCUCUACUUACUUCCCAACAAGUAGCUUUAGGCUUUCUUCAAGUCGCUUCGGAGGUUAUGGCUCGCCCAAUUCGCGCACUUACUGAGGCUCGAGGGUAUGACACCUCUGAGCACAUUUUGUCUUGCUUUGGUGGUGCAGGAGGGCAGCAUGCCUGUGACGUUGCCAGUGCAUUAUCCAUAUCCGAGAUCGUCAUUCAUAAGCACUCUUCGAUCCUCUCGGCGUACGGUCUUUCCCUCGCCGAUCUUGUGCAUGAGGUUCAAAGGCCAGCAGCCAUUCAGUUCAAAUCGGAGAAUUUCGAAGCCAUUAGCACGGCGCUCACCGACAUGUCAGCUAAGGCGAGCAAGCAUUUGCUGGAUCAAAAAAUUGACGCCUCACGCAUUCGAUUAGAAGUGUAUCUAAAUAUGAGAUACGAGGGUUCUAAUUCAAGCUUCAUGGUCAUGCAAGAGGCUUCGGAGAAUCUUGCUAGUUUCAAGACCUUGUUCGAGGAGAAGCACUUGCGUGAAUUUGGAUUCACGUUUCCUGAGAAGAAGAUCCUCAUUGACGACUACCGCGUCCGCAGCAUCGGCGCCAUCUCGGAGCAUAAGGAGAGGUCCCCCUUCAAGCAGCUUCAGAAAGUUGCUGACCUCAAGGUUGCUCUACCUACUCCUACGUCCAUUGUCCGAGUCUGCUUCGAUGCCGAGGUUGGAUAUGUUGACACUUCUCUUUUCAUCCUCACAAAUCUUUCUCCCGGCGUUAGGAUUCCUGGUCCCACUCUGAUUCUCGAUGAUACACAGACCAUUCUAGUCAAACCUAGUGCUACAGCCAUCAUCCUCGACACCACGGUCCUCAUUGAGCUCCGACAGAAUGAGAAUGCUAAGGGAGAAGUCCAACAUCAAGUUUUGCCGAAAUUGGGGCAAACAGUGAGCCCUAUACAGCUAUCCAUCUUUGGACAUCGCUUCAUGAGUAUUGCCGAGCAGAUGGGUCGCACCUUGCAAAAGACAUCUGUCUCUACCAACAUCAAAGAGCGUCUCGAUUUCUCAUGUGCUAUUUUCUCGCCUGAUGGUGGUCUUGUAGCCAAUGCACCCCAUGUUCCAGUUCAUCUCGGCUCUAUGCAGUUCUGCGUCAAGCACUUGUACAAUGAGUGGAGGGGACGCCUAGAAGAGGGUGAUGUGCUGAUUUCAAACCACCCAGCAAGCGGUGGGACUCAUCUUCCUGACAUCACCAUUGUGACUCCUGUGUUUGACGGUGGAGAAAUCGUAUUCUUUGUCGCCUCAAGAGGACAUCAUGCUGACAUUGGUGGCACAAGGCCUGGUUCGAUGCCUCCAGACUCGAAAUGGCUUUACGAAGAAGGCGCUGCGAUAUUGGGUGAAAAGCUUGUUUCCAAGGGUCAAUUCAACGAGGAUCGUAUCAUCGAGAUCUUAUUACAUGAACCCGCCAAACAGCAAGGCAGCUCUGGCACCCGUACUUUGAGCGAUAACCUGUCUGAUCUGAAAGCUCAGGUUGCUGCCAACAAGCAGGGUAUCAACUUGAUCCAAAUAUUAAUUCAAGAGUACACAUUGCCAAAGGUCCAUCGGUACAUGUAUGCAAUCCAGGAAAACGCCGAAAAUGCAGUCCGCUCAUUGUUGAAGAACAUGCAUGCAUCAAUGCCUUCCUCGGCCCUUAAUUGUACAGAUUACAUGGAUGAUGGCACGCCCAUAUCAUUGUCUAUUGAAGUCGAUGGAGAGACCGGUUCUGCCGUCUUCGACUUCGCCGGCACAGGACCUCAAGUAUACGGCAACACAAACGCACCUCGCGCCAUCACACAUUCAGCUAUUCUCUACUGUAUUCGAUCUCUUGUCGGGUCAGACAUUCCUUUGAAUCAGGGCUGUCUCAAUCCGAUCACAGUCAAGAUACCCGACUCGUCAAUUUUAUCACCAAGCCUGAACGCAUCCGUUGUUGGUGGUAACGUCUUGACAUCCCAGCGCAUCACUGAUGUGAUUCUCUCAGCGUUCAAAGCAACUGCCGAUAGUUCCGGAUGUAUGAACAACCUUACGUUCGGUAUUGGUGGAAAGAGGAUCAAUAAAAAAGGAGAAGAGGUCAUCGAGAAAGGAUUUGGGUAUUACGAAACUAUCGGCGGAGGAGCUGGCGCCGGACCAUCUUGGGAUGGCUCGAGCGGAGUUCACACACACAUGACAAACACUCGAAUUACAGAUCCCGAGGUCUUCGAGAAGAGAUAUCCAGUGCUGUUGAGAGAAUUCAGCAUCCGUAAAGGUUCUGGUGGUGAAGGUCAGCACCAUGGUGGUGAUGGCAUUAUUCGCGAUAUUGAGUUCUUGAUCCCUGGAGUACAAGUGUCUAUCCUGUCGGAACGGCGAACCCGAGCACCUAAGGGCGCGGCUGGUGGUGGACAUGGUGCCAUGGGACAAAACAUUUGGGUGCGGAAUGACGGAAGUCAGAUUAGCCUAGGAGGCAAAGCGACUGUUUCAUUCGAAAAGGGAGACCGAAUCAUCAUAAAGACGCCUGGUGGUGGAGGCUGGGGAACAAAGGUCGUUGCUUAG